CACUGGAAAAUGCCCUAGGGACUGGGCGGAACGAGGGUGUGUAUUGAUAUUAAAACGAGACAAAGCACGCAUGUGGCUCAUGGCUGAUACGUUUCUUGUCAUUUUUGAUUUGGAAAAUAAUCCACUGCUGGGCUGAAAAUUAAAUCUAUCUAUAUUUAAAGAUGGAAAACGAGAAUAAAGGAACAGUAAUCAUUGCAGGCGCUGGCUUGGUUGGAUCACUUGAUGCACUUUAUUUUGCCCAGUAUGGAUUUGAUGUUCAUGUUUAUGAAAGCAGACCAGACCCACGAAAGGAAGAGAUUGUUGCUGGACGUAGCAUUAACCUAGCCCUAUCCAAGAGAGGCAUCGAAGCACUGAAAAAAGUUGGUGUUGAUGUUGCGGUAACUUCCAAAGGAAUUCCAAUGUAUGCAAGAAUGAUUCAUUCUCAUUCUGGAGAGAAAACGCCUAUCCCAUAUGGUAAAAAGACCCAGCAUAUUUUGUCAGUUGACAGAAGAAAGUUGAACGAAUUACUGAUAGAUGAAGCUGAAAAUAACCCAAACGUCCACUAUCACUUCGAGCAUAAAAUCAUUGCAGCGGAUUUGGAGUCGUCCACAUUAACAUUUUCAGAUGUGAAUGCACAGAAAAAACAGCAAACUGGAAACCUUAUUAUUGGAUGUGAUGGUGCAUUCUCGACAAUUCGCAAAACCUUGAUGCGAAAUACAAGAAUGGACUUUAGCCAAACGUAUAUCCCGCAUGGCUAUAAGGAAAUCCAGAUGCUGCCCAAUAAAAACGGCGAAUACGUGAUGGAACCUGGCUACCUACACAUUUGGCCUCGAAAUACAUUCAUGAUGAUCGCUUUACCAAACCAAGACAAAACAUUUACUUGCACGCUCUUCAUGCCCUAUGAAAUAUUUGAUGGAAUAAAAACUGCGGAUGACGUUCUUGCAUUCUUCGAAAGAGAAUUUCCCGAUGCAAUUCCGCUAAUCGGAAGAGAGAAGCUUGCUGAAGAUUAUUUAAAGAAUCCAGUUGGUGAUCUCAUAUCAGUCAAGUGCAAACCAUACCACUUCAAAGACAAACUGGUCAUCAAGGGAGACGCAGCUCAUGCAAUGGUACCAUUUUAUGGACAAGGGAUGAACUCUGGAUUCGAGGACUGCUUGGUUUUUAGCAAUAUUUUCGAAGAUAGUAACUUCGAUAUUGGUAAAACCCUUGAAAAGUAUUCAAUUACAAGGAAUCCAGAUGCAGAGGCCAUUUGCGACUUGGCGAUGUACAAUUAUAUCGAGAUGAGAGAGCACGUUAAUUCGAAACUCUUCAUUCUGAGGAAGUACUUGGACAAUUUCCUUUAUUAUCUUUUCCCAAGUCGAUGGAUCCCGCUCUACACAAUGGUGACAUUUUCAACUAUUCCUUACCACGAAGUCAUCGAAAGACGCAAAAAACAAGACAAGGUCCUAUCUAAGGCAAUUUUGUCACUUUUAACGUUUGGUGGACUCGGUGUUCUUUCAAUUGCCUAUUUCAAACCUCGGUUGACGUCAUUCAAUUUCCAGCUGCCCAGUAUUAAUUUGCCUAAAAUGAGUUUGUUUGUAAGCAACUAGAAAACAAUAACAAAUAUCGUAUGAAUGAGUACUUUCUAGCGUAUGUAGACAAGCUUGCAAGGUAGGUAGGGGACUGAUUUGGUUAGUAUGUAGGUAGGUAAGUCGUUAGGUAGAAAGAAGGAGAGUGUUACUUGGCUAGUAUUGCUAUUGGCAUUGGAGGCUUUUCAUAGAAAAUUUUAUAUUUAUUUGGAUAUUUAUUUGGAUAUACUUUUUAACAUUCCAGGUAGCUAUUUUAAUAUGUUGCCUGGUUCUCAGUUCUUGAAUGGAGUUUGCUUCAAUGUCAUUGUUAUCAUAAAAUGAUGAAUUUAUACAGUAGGCAUAUUAACGGUUUAUUGCCCGUCUUUUGUUCUGUCUGCCCGCAGUUUACUCUGUCUGCCCGCAGUUUACUCUGUCUGCCCGCAGUUUACUCUGUCUGCCCGCAGUUUACUCUGUCUGUCCCCAUUAUAUAAUGCCUACCCACAGUUUACUCUGUCUGCCCGCAGUUUACUCUGUCUGCCCGCAGUUUACUCUGUCUGCCCGCAGUUUACUCUGUCUGCCCGCAGUUUACUCUGUCUGUCUCCAUUAUAAAAUGCCUACCCGCAUUUUACUAUAUCUGGAUGCAGUUUUGCAGGUCUGUAAAUAAUAACUGAAGCAGAGGUUACCCGAAAAAUUUGACUGAAUUGCAGCAAGCUUGGUAAUUUUCUUGAUGAUAUAUAGUUUGGCGUUGAAAAGCAAAUAAUAUUGCUUGUUGAAUAAAAUAUAUUUAUAGCUUUAAAAGCCUAAUUUAAAGAACAUGCGGACAUUUUCAUAAUGUAUGUCUCAGUUUAAUCUUGAUAUUUUUACCAUAGAUGUAUGUUAGGCCUUCUGCUAGCAUGAGUAUGUUUUGCGGUGA